AUGUCGUCGUUAUGGCUGAAUGAUGCAGGCGACUUGGAUGAUCAGAAACUGCAGGACCAGACAAUUGCAGAAACAGAAGUCAAGCUGAUGCAGCGCUUGUCCCCGGUUUGCACGCCUCACAUUUAUCCUUCCGUUCUGCUGGCUUUUGGUGGAACGACACUGGCUCAUAAGUUUCAUGCACUCAUGCAUGCAUUUCGAUUGGAAGUCUUCACAAACAAAGCGUUGGCCACCUUGUGCUCGGAGUUGACGAGCGUCACUGCAGAUUUCGGAGUGGAGCACAUGCUAGGGCAGAUCGGAGCUGUGCCAGUGUCAAGCAUUUGCCAGUGGUUCUCAGAUACAGACGAUGCGACAAUCAGCCGCAUCGUGCACAGUGUCCUCGCACUUGAGCGUGAUGGGAGUGCUGCGGCUUUCGAAGACCCAAACGUAGCAGCUAGCAACCCCAACGAUCUUGUGAAUCUUGCCCCGGAUGUAGGCGGGUUGGGUGUAGGUUUUGAUGAAGUCGACAUUAACAUUGAUCCAGUGCCUUUGGAUGUGGAUGCAGAUGCAGCCCCAGCCCCAGCACAGGCAAUCGUGUUUGAGGAGCCUCCGCCUGAGCCUUGCAUAGACUUGGCUGCCAUGCUCAGUAUUCCAGGCAUCCACCAUGUUGUGGACAAUGCUGUCAAUGGGCUGGAUGCUGCGAUGGAGUCUUAUUCUCAUUUCUUGAAGCUGUCAGUAAGCGUCUGCAAGUUCUUGCGACGGUCUGCAUCCCGAGAAGUGCUGAUUGCUCGUUGCUUCAGUAGUCCGGUAGGCCUGCAGUUUGUCGAAGGCAUCAAGAAUUUCAAGGGCGCCGUCUUUCCUGGUAGGUGGGGUACGAUAGCAUUCUCAAUCCCUCACCUUUUGGCAGUGGAGAGGGGCUUGCGAUGGGGAUGGGAUAAGGGCAGGUUCUUGAGGGACGAGGCCGGCAAUGUUCAAAGCAGCUCUUCGCUGGUUGAUGAAGUGGAUGAAGCCCUCUCUUCACCUGUCUGGUGGGCCUGGUUGCGAAUGCUUGAGCUUCUGGUUUCCAUCUUAAGGAUAGAGGUGGCUCAUCAAGCCUUGCGUGAGGCUCUCGCAUCCGACAAUCCCCACCCGAAGGCCAUCCCAUUCAGUGCCAUUGAUAUCUCUCAUGCAGCGGAUGCCAGAAAUCAAGCAACUGCUCCAGACCUGAUCAGCCUGAUCAGCCAAGCCUACGUGAUGGGGAUGGUGGUGGUGGAGAUGGAGCUAAUGCUGGUGGUUCCAGUCCCAGACACGAUGCUGGGAACCCAGGACGAGGGGGAUAUGAGCGGGCAGGAAGAGGAUGCUGUUGAUGCUGCUUUGAAGGUGCUGAACGAGCCGAGAGUGCAAGCAGGCUCCCUGGAAAGUGUUGUGCAGAACCACACUAGUGCGUCAGCAGGGUUGCUUCGUCGGUACAUGCUCGAGCGUAUCUACAGUGUGUUGUCCGAUCGUGAUGGAACAACAGGUAUGGGGGUUGGAAUGUUCUUGUCACUGCCCUUUCCUAUGUCACGUAUGCGCAGCUUGUCUUCUGCACUUGGAUCCCAAACGGCAGCGGCAGCAGGAUGUUUCCAAGCAGGCCACGACGUUGAGUUGGAAGCCAUGCCAGCCGAUGAAGGUGAGAUUCUUUCUGUUGCAAGAGAGGCCACCUUGGCAAGAUGGGAGGGGUUCACCGAGAAGGCUCGAUCGCUGUUGUUCUUCCAGGUGGUGAGAUCAAAUCCGAUUUCGUUGAAACGGUCAAAAGUCUUCAAAGAGUCGGGGUUUGUGUCUGGUGACAUGGUCGUCGCUCCCCACAAGCUGUGCAGCAUCAAUCCUCGUGAAAGGCAUGUCCAUGUGGAGGCGACCUCUCUUCACAUCCCCGGCCCAGUCGCUGGCCAGAGCGCAGUCCUCAGCAUGAACUCGUUGGAGCCAAGUGCACUCAUCGAACUUCGUCUGUGGGAAAAGCGGGAGACAUUGCACUAUGCAAUCAAGCGGGAAUUGCUGCCGGAUGGGCACGGCCUGUCCGCGGACUGCUUCGAGGCAAUGUCGAUUCUGUUGGAUGAAAUGCUAUCCAGCGAGAAAGGGGUGAACCAAAGGUUUUGGCGACUGGCGUCAGAGCGGAAGCAGGUGCUGGAGUUUUUUCGCCUGCAGGAGUGGGCUUUGCAGAACGAUGCUGGUUUGUGGCAGCUCACACCGCUUGGCAGAGCAGCUGUGGAAGUUCGUCUUUGUCUACAUUCGCCACGACCGAUCCUGACAUUUCGUAAAGAUAUUCCUCCUGAGGAGUUGUCGACUUGGGAGAUUAUUGUUUCCAUGGAUGCUGCAAACUUUAGACACAUGGUGAAGGACCGCAGCAAAAACGACAUCCCGUAUGAUCCAACAGCUGCUGGAGAGAAAGUUUGGUACACGAAGCCAAGCGAACGCUCUGUGUGUCGGGAAUACCUCCUUGCACUAUUGCGAGGAGAUUUGGUUGUGCCGCAUUGGAAGCCGACAGCUUUUUACAAAUGUCUACUGGAUGGACUUGAGUACGAACCACCUGUGAAACACCUGAAGCUUCAGCUUCAGGACGAUUGGGACCCAGACGACAUGCAUGCAGGUGCGGUGUCCAAGCCGCUCAAAGCAUCCAAGCCUUCUAGAAAGCGUGCAGUGCGGCAAUUGGAGAACGAGGAUGAUGAGUGUGUCGAUGCUGAUUCUUUGGCUUCGCNNCUGAGCAGAUGUCAUCCUCGUCAAGUAGCAGAAGCAGCUCCAGCAGUACAAGCAGUUCUAGCGAUUCUAGUGAGUCAGCCGAAAGGAGCCCCAGCCAAGUGGCUGCCUCUGAUCCGGAGAGCGACGAUGCUCCGGUGCGUCGGCGUGGGCAGCACAAGGGUGAAGCUUGGGGUGUUUUUCGAUUGA